AUGGAUGACAGGACAGUGGAUCGUGUCUUUGCUGGCAGUUUGGACAAUCUUCCGCCGGUUAGCUCAAAGAUUGUCCGCAUUUUCACCAGCUCAACGUUUACGGACACCACUCUGGAGAGGAACACAUUGAUGGCGGAGGUCUACCCGAGAUUGAAGGAAUACUGCAGGGAGAAACAUGGUCUCGAAUUCCAGGUGGUGGACAUGAGAUGGGGUGUGAGAGAUGAAGCGACGGAUGAUCACAUGACGACGGAAUUGUGCAUGAAAGAGAUAGAGAAUUGUCAACGAUUAUCCAUGGGCCCCAACUUUGUUGUGAGCUUGUCUUUUGAAAUUAUUUCCUAUAACAAUGAGGCCUUCCAUUAUAACAGGUUUGCUGGCAGGGUAUUCUUGGGGCAAAAGUACGGAUAUCGACCAAUCCCGACUUACAUCCUCGGUUCCGAACUGGACAUGAUUCGCGAAAGCCUGAUUUCUCUCUCCAUCGACGGAACGUGUUUGGACAAAUGGUAUCGAAAAGACUCCAACGCAGUCCCUUGUGUUUACAUCUUGCAGCCGAUAUCAUCUAUUCUCGUCAAUUUCAAUAACAAGAGGGUUCCGAAGCUACAAGCUCACGAUCAAGCGACGUGGUGGGACACGCUUGGGAAGAUGCAAAAACUAUUGCGAAAAGCUGCUCAAACCCUUUUUGAGUCCGGGAAAAUGGGGAAAGACGAGCAUCACAAUUACUUCAUGUCAGUGACGGAGCGAGAAGUGAUCAACGGAGUGCUGAAUGUCAAAAAUACCAAGAAUCAUUGUUUGGCGUAUGUGCGGUACAUCAACAACAUCAAUUUGCAAAAUCUGCGGAGGGCAUCGCAGUUUGUUGACAUUGUGAAUAGGAAUAUCGACAUCGAAGCCACCAAGUUGUUGGCCAAUUUAAGAGACGAACGCCUGGGAAACAAAAUCGAGUCCACGAAUAUGCAGAGAUACACCGUGGAGUGGAUUGGCAGAGAAGGCUUGGACAAGGUGACUCACGAAGAAUAUUUGCAGCAUUUCAUCACCCAUUUCUAUCGGAAUAUGACGAAAUUGGUGGACAGAGCGAUGAGAAAAGAAGAUUCGUCAACUCAGGGGCAAAUUAUCACCGAAAUUCUGCAACACUUGCAUGCUUGUAACAAUUCCGUCAAGGUUUUCUAUGGCAGAGAAGAAUCUUUGGAGAGAAUUAAACAAGUCAUCACUGGACUGGACGAUCGCCCGCUAGUUUUGCACGGAGAAGGCGGCUGUGGAAAGACUUCUUUGCUGGCAAAGGCUGCUAGUAUGUCAAUCGAAUGGCUUCCCACAGCGAAACCCGUGCUGAUUCUUAGGUUUUCUGGCACGACUCCGGAUUCCUCGGCUUUGACGCCGCUACUGACUUCUCUUUGUCAGCAGAUCUCUUACAACUACAUGUUGCCGUAUGAAGACAUUCCGGACGACCUCGUUCCGCUGACGGCGCAUUUCAAGCAGCUUUUGACCUACGCUACAGAGGAACAACCCUUACUGGUGUACUUGGACUCCGUUGAACAACUGACAGGAGCACAAGAUGCCAACAAGAUGUCGUGGCUGCCGACGCAGUUGCCUCUGAAUGUGAAGAUUGUAGUUUCUUGUGUUUCGGAAGAGGGAAGACCAGAGGUAUCACAAGAAUACCACCUGUUGCGAAAAAUGAUAGAAGGCGACGAACAUUUCCUUGAAGUUGCUGCGUUGGGAGAAGAACUCGCCAUCAACAUCAUCAGGAGAUGGAUGAAGAAUGCACACAGAGAUCUGACGAAUUAUCAGUGGCGCCUGGUUUCCAACACUCUUAGCAAAAGCUCUUUGCCAAUUUUCGUGAAGCUCGUUUUUGCGGAAAUCUGCCGAUGGAAGUCAUAUUCUAGACCCCAGGACACUCACCUGGCGUCGAAUGUCAUGGACUCCAUCAUGAUGCUGUUCGAGAGGAUAGAAAUUCAGCAUGGCAGAACGUUGGUGUUUCAUGCCCUGGCAUACAUCACUGCUUCAAAGAGUGGUUUAUCCGAGUCAGAGUUGGAAGAUUUGCUGUCCUUGGAUGACAAAGUUCUGGACGAUGUCUAUCAAUACCACUUGCCUCCCGUUCGUCGCAUUCCGCCUCUGUUGUGGACUCGGAUUAGGAAUGAUUUGCCUAAUUACUUGUCUGAACGGGAGGCCGAUGGGGUCAGUGUUCUCAACUGGUAUCACAGACAAUUCAAGGAAACAGCAAAAGAACGAUAUUUCAAGAAUCAGAACAUGGGGAUCUACUUCCACUCCUUGAUCGCGGAUUAUUUUCUCGGAAUUUGGGGUGGCGGAACUCCGAAACCGUUCCGUUUCACUGAAAUCCAGAGACACAGGUUCGGAUUGAAAGAUAAGGACGGAUUGGCAGAUCGAAAGGUUCCUCUCCAGCCACUGGUUUACUACAACAAGGACGGAAAAGUUUCUCGUUACAACUUACGAAAGUUUGGAGAACUGCCGUUCCACCUGGUUCGUGCGAAACGGUUCCAAGAUUUGUAUGAACACGUGCUGUUCAAUUAUCGCUGGCUUCACGCCAAACUUUCCUCAUGCCCACUUCAAGCAGUUUUGAGCGACUUUGAAGACGCUUGCGCUAAUUUGGAUGACAGAGAAGCAACCAGGGAGAUCAUGCUGGUGGCUGACGCGCUGCGCUUGGGUGGAGCGAUUCUGAGCACAUAUCCGGACAUGUUGGCACCUCAGCUGAUCGGACGAUUGUUGCCUGAAAUGCCCACAAAUGAGAACGUGAUGAAGUUGAUUCAGCAGUGUGACGUAGAUGGGCCGGAUCAUUGUGCCCUAAUUCCGGUUUACCACUGCUUGCAUACUCCUGGUGGUCCACUGAAGUAUUCGUUGGAGGGUCACCAGUUCGCAGUUUUCGGGUUCUGUUUGACAUCCGACCUCCGGUAUAUCGUGUCGGUGUCGAACAAGUUCAUCACGUGGGAUUUAUCGACGAGUGACUUGGCCAGAGAAGUGUGUCCCGGUGUGGAAGGCAUCAUGCAGAGUCUUUGCCUAUCUCCCGACAACCGACACGCUGUUGCAUUCACGAACAACAAUCAAACUGUGCUCUUGAACAUGUUGAUCGGAGAGUACAUAAUCAUCGAGAAUCCACUGGACGACAAUGACGGGAUCGUUGGGACGUUAUUGAGCGAUUCCCAGUUGGUGAUCUAUGGCAACUGGAGCUGGGCAGUGUUCAGCAUGAAAGGGAAACUUGUUGACACGAUCAAACCGUCCAACCCCGGCAAGCGGAUCUUUCUGAUGGACUUCAUUUCCGAAUCCAACUAUUUCGUGUUCCUGUGGAACGGAGAUGCAGAAGAACCUGAUCUCCAGGUUCAAUCAGUCUGCGAGGGCAACAGUGACGAAGAAGCAAUCAAUUUCCACAGUGCACUGGUAAUGAAUGCUGUGAAAGAUGUCCUCUUCUCGUGUCAACACGGACACGAAAAUGUCGUUUUUGAAUUCAAGAGAGGAGACGGUGGAUGGGUUCAAGGUCGCGACUUCCCAGACUGUGGCAAAAAGCUUUUGAUGCUGGCUUUCACGUCCAACGAGCAGUUCUUGGUUGGCACUUAUAUGCAGGGCUUCGUGGUCUAUGGACUGGAAAGUGACAAGUUCAUCACAAUGGAAUUGCCCGAAGGAGUGAGGAACAUUUCAACGAAGAUUUUGCAGUCCAACUCCGCAGUUCUCUCUCGUGACAAGGAGUACUUGACUGCUGGUGUGAGGAAAAAUCUGUACGUUUGGAGCAUGAUUUCGGGUGACUUGCUCAUCAGUCUGGACGCGCACUUCGCAAGGAUAAUUUCCAUGACGUCUUUGACGAUUGGGAACUGGAAUUCUGUGAUCACGUCUUCCAUCGACCGGACAGUCAAAGUAUGGAAUUUGAACAACAUCUUCGAGCAAGUUCAUGUCAUUGACCGUCAUGAGAUGCAAAUUGACAAUAUCAGUUUGAGUCCUGGGGCCGAUUUAGCUGUGAGUGUGACCAGAUCUUGCGUUGGAGUCUGGUGCUUGAGGCGAGGGAAGCUUUUGGCGAAAUUGGCAGAUUCACCAUUGGGAGCAAUUGUGACUCAUGCAGAAGUUACCAAAGAUGGAAGGUUCAUCGUUGCGACGGAAUCUGGCAACGUGCUAGUUUGGAACGUUGGAACUCAGUCGGUGCUUUUCAAAGAAGAACAACCGAGUGUGAAGCAGGUUCUUCUCGUCGACGAAGACACGAAAUUCGCGACAGUCACUAGAACAGGAACAGUGGGAGAAGGCAAAGUGUUUUUGGUGACACGGGAAAUACCGGAUGGGAACAAGUUGUACAGCGUCGAGUAUCCGAUACGACAAAUGAAGCCCGUGGCUGUCACUUCCGACGGCUUGUUUUUGAUCAUUUCCGGCUACGAGAAAAUGAAGGACACGCUGAUGAUUCAUCACGUGAAGACAGGCACUUUGCUUCACAAGAUCGUUCCCAGGUAUCACAACAUGAAAGAUUUCCACACCAUCAUCCCCAUGCCAAACAAGCCCACGCAAAUCUGCCUCAUCGACCCGGACAAGACAAACAUUAUAGAUAUCAAGACCAAAAAGUUUGUGCGGUCGAUCUUGAAAUGGGGCGGAAGAUGCACCAGAGACGGGAAAUACGGAUUGUUCGCACCUUCUCGCGGAGGACUGGAAAUCAUCGAGUUGAAACACGGCAAAUCUGUGAAAACGCUGAUACCCAAGGUCGCUGAGGGAGUUUUCUCCAACAUAACCAUGUUCUCGAAAACGGACGAGUACGUCUUGUAUUACCACGGUGGAAAGAACACUCUGCGGGUUUUCAGAACCUGUGACGGGAAGAUGAUCUCAAAUUAUCGGAUCCAGGCGGAGUUGUCGUCCAUUGAGACCACAGAAGACGGAAAAAGCGUGAUCAUCGGCACCGUUGACGGAUGUCUAACCGUUCUCACCAUCGCUGAUCCCGCGAAACCGGAAAUGAAAGACUAUUUGAGCAAACUUCCGUCCCGCAACGAGGAAGUAAGAGUCUUGGCUGACGACGCCGAUGAAGACAAACGCGGGAAGCGACGCGAAUACAAAGCUUGCGAACAGAGGAUGAAAAUGUUCAAAGCAGCAGCUAGAGUAGUCGUGCUUGGAGGAGCGAAAGACAAGUUGCAAGAUGAACUGGACAUAGAUGAUCCAAGACACUGGACUCCUAAAGGGAACGAAAUUUUGAAAACACUGGGGAAAACGCCGGAUAUCCUUAAGAAAUGA